ACUAUAUUCAACAAGUCAUUACAAGGCGCCAUUGCCGACCAGGAUCCUACAGCUCUCGAUUUCUCAGUCAACGUAAAACUUGGAAAACUCCGAUUUGUAUUCCUGGGCUAUUUUGUGAUUCAUCUUCAGAAUUUCCUUCAAGCAAUUGCGAGUCCGGAAACUGUUGCAUAUGCACAGAAAGUAACCCAAAAAGCAGUUCUAAACCAGGUUCAGCACAUCCAAAAACAGGGAGCAAAAAUUGGAUUGAACAUUUCUGUAAAUGCACCACAAAUUAUUAUUCCUUGCAAUUCAAGGUCGAGCGAAAAACUCGUUGCAGACCUCGGAGAAUUGCAUGUUAGUAAUUCUCUAAUCAACUCAUCCCAGUAUGGACUUACUGACCGCAUGGAUGUACGAUUCAGUUCAUUUCAAGUCUCAGGCUUUUCUCAAGUGGAGAAACAUCUCAAUGAGCAUUUGAUAGAACCAGUUGAGUUGAAUGUCAUUGUAAAGAGAAGACUGGAGCUGGAUGUCAGCGAUCUCCCUUUGAUUGAAGUAGAGGGGAGUUUGGAGCUGUUUAAGAUGAAUCUGGGAGUGAAUGAUUUUCAGAUGUUUAUGAUGGUUUUGAACGAUAACUUGUUGGAAGGCCAAAACGAACGUACACCUGCAACUAAAACUGAUGGCGCGGAUAAAGAGGAGAAAAAGCAACAGAAUCUCUCAGACAGCACUGAUGCUAAGUCUAUAGAUGAAGUAUCAAAUAUUAAAUGUCAUUUUACGCUGAGUAAGCUUCAAGUUACUUCGCCCAAAGUUGUUGAUGGUGUCUGUAAGCCUUAUUUGGUUCUUGAAACAAAUAACAUGAGUGCCACUGUCACCAUGGAAACAUGGAUCCUUAAUGCAUCUGCAAAGCUUGGAGCUAUUGAGCUCGUCGAUCAUUUGAACAAAGGUGCAGAUGGUUUGCCAGUAAAAGUUUUGUCUUCUUCGCAGGAUACAGAUCUUAUUUCUGUUUCUUACAAAAGAGUUGAUCCCAGAUGUCCAGAAUUCGAAUCGACAUUCUGCACUAUAGAGCAGCAAAUAAAUGUCAGUUUUUCAAAGCUGAAAAUAGAUUGUCUUCAAAAGGGACUGAUGGAUUUGCAAAUGCAUGGCCUUGCUCUUUUGUCAAGUUUCGGAGACUCCUCAAGCGCUUUAAGUUCAGACAGUGCGAGUAACGCUGAUUCAGAGCAGAUAAAACAAAGUACCGUGAGCCUUAAGGUGAAUGCUGAACUGUCAGAAGUUGAUGUUCUUGUCAGGAUCUCCCAUAAAAAUCUGGCCAGUAUCAAGGUUGAAGGUUUAACAGCAGAAUUUCUUCUGUGGGAUGGCGGAAUGGUUUUAAAGUCCAGGCAGAAUGAUCUCUCUGUGAUCGACCUGAAUAGCCAAACCUAUUAUCCUAAGAUUAUCUCUGUGGAAAAUGAAAAUGUCUUUGAUUUCGAGUUUAAGUAUUUCGACAAAGCAAAUCUUCCCAAGAGUGAUCCAAGUCCUGCUGACCUAACCCGACUGGAUGGGAACCUUGAGCUAAACAUCGGGAAAAUAAACGUUGUCUUUUUGUACCGAUUCAUAGCGGAAUUGUUGCAAUUCGUCGAGCCUUUAACAAGCCCUCAGUCAACUCAAUAUGUACAAGAAACAGCACAAAGGGCAGUUACUGAACAGGUGGAAUCAAUCCAUAGUCAAGCAACUCGCAUUGGCUUGCAAGUGGCCAUCAGUGCCCCUCUGGUGAUAAUUCCACGUCACUCGCGCUCAGUGGAUAUGCUCAUUGUUGAUCUGGGACAUUUGGACCUUCAGAACGAAUUUGAUGUUCUCCCCACAUCACUGAACGAUGAGAACAGAGAGGCUGUGUUCGAUAUCAUGGAACUAUCUCUUCAAUCGCUACAGCUAGCGAGAGGUGUGAUGGAUAUAAGUUCCUCUCCGAUGAUCAAGCGAAAUCUCAUUGAACCAAUAAAACUAGAAGCGAACAUCAAGCGUUCACUAUUGCCCUCUUGCAAUGAAAUCCCAAUCAUAGAUUGCUCAGCUGCUCUGGACUUUGUCGAGAUGAAUCUAGGUCGACAGGAUUACCACGUUCUCACCACGCUUUUUCAAGUAAAUUUGGAAGAAGCUGAAAGUGUGGUACUGGAAGACCAAUCGAGACUUGACCAAAGCAUGGCAAAGGAACAAGAGGAACAUAGUGAACCGUCUGAGACAGCAAAUACUUCAUCUGAACCUGAUGUACCCGUGGAAAAUGCGGAAACUGUGUGGGACAGGAUGGUGUUUUCAUUUGAUCUCGUUGGAGCUAGUCUUACUCUGUACAACAAUGAGAAGCCUUUGGACCCGUUUGAUUCACAGUCGUCGGUCUGCGAUCCAGCCACAAGGCUCUGUUUAUGUCAUGUGGAGGAAAGUGUAGUUACCGUAGUCUUGCCCAGUGACAGCUCAGUUCAAAUUAACUGUGCACUUAAUGGCUGUGUGGUUGAAGAUGCUAGAAAAGGAUCAAUUUCUGCUUUUCCCAGGUUAGUAGACAAAAAGAUGGCAACACUCACUGGAUCUCGGACAUCUUCAUCUUCCAAAGAAAUGUGUGAUGUAGUUUUCUGUCAGUUACCUUCAGGGGAGAUGAAAGUCCAAGUGUCCUUGCAAAAUGCUACCAUUUUUGUCAACUUUCCCUUUUUGCUCCUUUUACUGGAGUUUUUCACCAUUCCACCAUCCGACGUGGAUCAACCUCCACAGCCACAAGUCUCAGUAGUCAGUCAAACAUCUCUGGAUGCUCCAAAUGUCAGGGACCCCGAAGCUCCCAGGAAGGAGAGGGUUGUACAGAUACACAAGACUGAAAGUAGAGAUGUCACUUCUACUCCUACUCUUAGUCAAGUGGAUGCUGCAGCUUCGCCUACUCAAGAGACGCAGCUGAUGGUUUUUGUUCAUGGUGUUGUAAAGGAUCCAAAUAUUGUCUUACUUUCUGACGCCACUAACAAAGAGAGCGAGGCACUCAUUGUUCAGGCAGAAGUGGAGUUUGAUUACACUUUGGAAGGUGUAAAGCAGAGUCUUUCAGCAGAUUUGACAAAUCUCCAGAUGCAAGCUGCACAAUUUCCUGAAGUAAAAAGGACAUCUUAUAAGGUUUUGAACCCUUGUUCGUUGUCAUUCAAGUACUUGACACCAGCUUCGAGUGAGGGUGGUCAAGACAUCGCUAUUGCAUUAGAAGAAAUGGUGUUCGAAUUCUCUCCAGGACUCCUCACCACUGUCAGUAAUGUAGUUACAGCAUUAACAGGACAGCAAAAGGUCGAUGAAAGCGUUCAGACAGUGGGUGGAGAGGUUGUUGGCGCCCCAGCUGACUUGUGGGAAAGCAAACCAGCUUCUGCUGAGUACUGGUUUAAGAAAAAAGCUAUUGAAGACGCCAAGCCCAAGCUGGUGACAAGGAAUGCGACUGGCGAUAAGCUCAGCUUAACAAUUAAAGAAGUUCAAGUGGUGUUGGUGAAUGAGGUCGAAGGUGCCCAUAUUCCCUUGCUGUUGAUUCGCUCAUGCGCGACAGGCAAAGUGUUUGAUUGGUCUGCCCAGCUUAAAGUUGAAGCAGAUGUUGCAGCACAGGUUUGUUACUACAAUGAGUGUCUUGCCGUUUGGGAGCCCCUGUUAGAGCCAGUGAUGGUCGAAGACGAGAAUACCAUGUGGCAAGUACAACUUAAGUUGUUCCUUGCCGAAGGAUACGUUUCAAGUUUCUCCCCAAAAGACUCUGAAUCGUGCGAUCUUCCUUCGCGAGAUGUCACAGAUACACCUCAAACUGGAGAUAGGACGGACUGUGGUCUAGGCUCUUUGGCUCAAAAGAGAUCUUCAUUCAGAAAGAAACGGCGUUUGUCUUCAGGACGGCGAACAUGGCCAAAAAGGAAACAAAAGCGUCGCCCUCGUAUAACCGGCCCAGCAUCUGACGAUGAAGGGGAUCUUAAUUUCAACUGGGCCUUGACUACGUUCAUCCAGUCCACCCAGAUGGCAAUCAUGGAUCCAUCCAUGGAGGUGAAGAGCGACAGUGCCAUAGAUGAGGUUGAUGCUCCGCAGGAUGGAGUCGAGGCUCCUUCCGAUAACCAUGAGAAACCAACGCAAGCAUUGUAUAUGGUCAUCAAUUCGCAUGAUGUUAUGCAACUGACCGUUACUUCCGCAGCUGUACGAGUUCUCUCCGAACUGAACGAGCUGUGGACGAUUGAUAGAGCGAAAAAACUGAGAACAGUUCCUCUGGCAACCUUCGUCAUCCAUAACGAGCUGGGAAUUCACGCGGCAGUGACAGUGAGCCACAGACUUCAGGUCUCAGAUACGGAACAGCUGACGGUGCGUCAGAGAAUUCCAAAACUGCCAGCCGCAGGGAAUGUUGGUCUUGCAGAUGUCGCAGUAGACCCAGCCAGUAGGACACAACGACAUGCACGUAGUGAUUUUAUCCGUAAUAUAUCUGAGCCAGUACUUAAUCACCUAAGAGAGAAACUUCACAAAAUACGAAAGAAAAGAGCUUCAUCUGAUCCGGUGUCCCUCGAUUUUAUCAGGCGACGUAACUUAUCCCUUCAGAAUACAGUUUCUUUCCAAAUUGGCCAAGAAGAUGUUAAGAAAAAACUUCUCAGGAAGGGUCGUUCUCUUGAUUUAACCACAAGGCAGACGGACGGAAACACUCUUACCCAACAAGAGGAGGAAACGAGAAGUGCCCUGCCACGCUUUGAAGAACGUGAAGUGGAAGACAUAUACUUAGUAAGGGUUGUUUCAUAUUCGAAACUAUACAUGAGGAUGUAUUGUUUGUACACUGACCUUUUCCUUUUAUCUCCAUUCACCGAUUUUUUUUUAGUGGAAGGUCGUUCUUCUUGCUUCUCAGGAACUGUAUCUUCGCGGGAUUCAUCAGAAUCGUCAUCUACAACAUUCACGGUCUUUAAUUCGCUCUCUUCCAUGACUUCUUUGAAGCAUGGCUCGCAAUAUGCCACUGAACUCCCCGCUUUCCAACCAAUGACAGUUUCAUCGUCCUCAAAGAUGGAGCAGGGCAUGCAGAAAUAUUCCUUGCACUUCAAACAAGUGAAUGGGUUUUACCAUCUGAAUCUCAUCUCCGUUUGUCGCUCUGGAUCGUUCCUGCACGAGCUUUCUCCAAGAGAUGCACCAUUUCGUGAGGCAAAACACAAGUGGUAUGUCGUUGUUCAAGUAGAUAUAAAACGCGGUCGUAAAACAGUUACCAUUAGGUCACCAUUGCAGAUCCAAAACCACCUUCAAGUCCCAGUGGACGUGUUCGUCAAGCGACGAGAUUCAUCGGGGUCAUGCGAGGAACAUCAUUUCAAGCUCUUCAGUGUGGAAUCGGGUGGUGUGCAGAAUGUCCCUUUACAUACAGCAUACAACGAAGAGCUUUUCUUUAAACCUGGUGGUACUGAUUUUCAUAUAUCAUCUUCCUCGAUAUCCUGGAGAAAGUUUUCUACAGGAGAGCCGUCUCAUGUGUUGUCUUGUUCGUCAACGAUCACUUCAGAGUCUUCCUCCACUUUUUUCAUCAAGGCCCUUUGUUUAUCAGACAGCUUGAACAAACUGCCAACUGGUGAGGACUCUCCCCAUCACGUGAUCCAUUUGUACCCUCCCUUAAUAGUGCAAAAUAAACUUCCAUUUGAGCUAGUCAUAUCAACAGAGGAGGGAGGUGGAGACGAUAAAGUACUCAGUGCCGGUGACAAAGUAACUCUUGUCAAUGUGUGUCCUGGAUAUGACUGCAAAAUAACUGUUACGCUUAAAGAUUACAAAGAAGCUACUUGGAUGGGAGAUAUCUUUGUGAAGAAACAACGGUACAAAUCCUGUCAAUUGCUAAUGCGUUCACAGGAAGACGUCUCCAAAGAAUUGUCGCUUGGAGUGAAAUCGAUGCCCCAACAAGGGACAAGGGAGCUGUUCAUCUAUUCCCCCUACUGGCUUAUUAACAAGACUGGACUCCAUGUGGAGUACAGGGUCUCGAGAUGUAAACAAGUUUAUAAUCAGUCUGCUAUAGAACAACAUCCACUUCUUUUUAACUUUACUGAAAAAACCUACAGAAAGGCUAGGCUCAGACUGCCUGGACAUCCCUGGUCCAACAAGUUUUCUCUGGACGCUGUUGGAGAUUCUGGAAAGGUAACAUGCAAAGGAAGCGAGUCCAAAAAGUUUCAGUUUAUCCUACAAAUUGAAAUGUCCAGGACAGGGCUGACAAAGGUUGUAACGCUAACCCCGAAAUACGUCAUCAUUAACAGCACGGAGAUUUCGUACUCUUUUAUCGAAAAUAAAUGUAAAAAGGCUUUGUGGUUUGUUGUGGAGCCUGGAGAAAGCAAACCAUUUUGGCCCAGUGACAAGUCCAGUUCAAUCAUGUUGAAGCCAACAAUGUCAAAGGUCAUUUCGAAGCCUUUCAGUUUCGACUCCUCGCACACGACAGUUCUUCGGAUUCCGGAUUGGCAGGCUCUCACUGUUGACGUUCAUGGGGAGGUCGAAGAUGCCGUGACAACUGUAGUGGUGUCACCUUACUCGCCUGGAAUUGCAACAGUCAGGAUUGAGAACCUGUGUGACGAUAUUCCGAUCCGGUUUCAUCAAAAAGGCUGUGGGCAGGUGACGGUGCUUGACUCUAAGCAGAUGAUCCUUUAUACUUGGGAUGAUCCAUUAGGUGUGCGAAAACUGCUCUGGAAACCGUUCAAGGGAAUGGAUAAGCCAAUCGAGGCUCAAGUUGAUGAGGAUAACUUCGGCGAAAUUCGAAUGGAACUCGAUGAAAUCUCUCCACCAGUCAAAGAUGACCGGCGUCAGCUGGAAGACAGAGACAGCACAUGUGGAUUGCUAUGCGGCUCGUCAAGCGCUGUACCUGAAGAAAUCGAUCAGGAGUGGGAUACUGUGGAUGGGGCGGUGGUUCACAGGGUCAAGAAGACUAUCUACUGGGUGUCUGUGACGGACGGACUGCAAAGGGUGCUGAUAUUUGCUGAUGAUGAAAAUCUUUCAUGUCUGGCUCGGAAGUGUUGUGACUCUGAAGUUGUUACCAUGGAUAUUUUCAUGUCAUUGGAUGGUGUCGGUUUGUCGCUGGUCAACAGCAAACCUGACGAAGUGGCAUACAUAACUUUAUCUAGUUCAUCCUCAGUCUGGCAGGUGGAGGGGACAUCUGGAAGAUGGAAGACCCUGAAUCUGGAGUUGUCCACUUGGUUAGAGGAUGCCUGGAGGAAUAACGCCGUGGAAGUCGUCUUGGAAGACAGGGAGGUGAACUUUAAUACAAUGACUAUGACUCGCCCAUAUAACGGGGCCCUUCAGAGAUUGUUUGAACCUGCUCUGUGGUUAAAUUACACCCGAUCAGAUCGCUACCACAGUCUACACUGCAGAAUGCACCGAAUUCAGAUUGAUAAUCAGCAGUUCAGUACGGUUUUUCCAGUUGCUCUUUAUCCAUCACCGUUACCUUCCGCCAUCAUUCAUAGGACAGGAUUCAAACCUUUCAUUGAAGUGUCAGUGAUUUAUCAUCAAGUCCCAAAAGAAGGAAUGCAUCACAUAAAAUACGCCAAAGCAUUGGUACAGGAGAUGAAUGUGAGAAUUGAUAAAGGGUUCAUUAUUUCGAUGGCAAGCCUUUUCAGUCAACAGAAAGAACUUCUAGAAGAGGAAAAUUAUUUCGAAGAAGACAUGAAACGAUGUGCUAUGCCUCUGCGGGAAACGAAAGCAGUAAAAGCCGCAUUGGAGACGCAAAAAGUUUUCCUCGAAUACUUCCAUUUGUCGCCUCUCAAGAUCAAUCUCAGUUUUUCACUGGCAUCUUCCUCUGAUGAGGACGAUGAGAAUCAAGCUUUUGCUCGAGACUUGUUGGAUUUCUUUGUUGACUCCAUUGGGGCGACACUCACAGAAAUUAAUGAUGCUGAACUGAAAAUGGCUUAUUUCGAGCGAGUCAGUGCAUUUUUGACCCAAGAGAAUCUUGUUGCUCAGAUCACGCGGCAUUACACCAUGCAGGGUGUUCGCCAAGUUUAUGUUCUUGUAUUGGGCCUUGAUGUGCUUGGCAACCCUUACGCACUGAUUCACGGGAUUGGCGAGGGAGUUAGGGACUUGUUUUAUGAGCCCUAUCAGGGUAUCAUUGCAGGGCCAGGAGAGUUUGCUGAAGGUGUAGCUCGUGGUGUCAAGAGCUUGCUGGGUCACGUGAUAGGCGGAACCGCUGGAGCGUUUUCGCGGAUAACGGGUUCAUUAGGUCAGGCUGUGGCCACGCUUACGUUUGACUCAAAUUUUCAGAUGCAAAGACGUCUGCGCAUGCACAGACAACCUCAAGGUGUUGGUCAGGGACUGUUAAUGGGAGGAAAGAGUCUGUUGAUGGGUCUUUUCUUUGGAGUGUCCGGUGUAGUUGUAAAACCCGUAAAGGGUGCCCGUUCGGAGGGUGUAGAAGGAUUUUUCAAAGGAAUUGGAAAAGGCCUCCUUGGAUUGCUUACUCGUCCAACUGGAGGGGUGAUCGACAUGGUCAGCUUUACUCUUGAUGGAGUGAGAAGAUCAGCUGAACAGAAUGGCGAAGAUAUCGCCUGCAGGAUGAGACUUCCUCGCUUCACAGCCUCUAAUAUGCCUUUAAAGCCUUUCUCAGAGCACGACGCCCAAGGAAAUGGAAUCUUACAGAGUUUACAUCAAUUUGACGACGAUGUUUAUGUGGACCACAUGAGCAUUGCUGAGGAGGACGAUAGUGUUGUGGUCCUCUUAACAAACAGGAGGAUAUUGAAUUUGCACCAAAGCAAGUUUUGGCAUAAUUGGAAAGUGAGAUGGAGUUGUUUAUACGAGGACGUUGCUGGUUUCCCUUUGCUUACCGAAAACGCAUUAGUUAUCAAAGAAGAAUCUUCUAAGCAGGAUCAUACAACCAGUUUCCUCUCAGCCCCUACACACGAUAUUGUGUCUUCAAACAGGGUGGAACUAGAGACUCUAAAAACCAAGAUAGACAGCAACAUUCGUCACCUACGCUGAAAAUUUGAAUCAUAAUAAUUUCAAGUCCAGAGUGGAAGCUAUGGCUGGCAGAUGACAAAGUUUCCGUGAGCAGACAAUCCAUAUUCUAGAAAUUUCCAUAUGUUGACGCCACCAACUUGAAAAAUUCGAUGAGAAAUUUCUAUUUAGAACUCGUCGGUCAAUCAGUAUUCAAGUUACGUUGAUGUUAUAGUUAUAGUAAAUUACUACAAUUUGUUCUGGCUAAAAUGUGCACUACGCCAGGAAAAAACCACCUGUAUGAAGUGGCUAAAAAAUAUUGAAAUGAACGAGAUGGUACAGGCCUUUAGCCUUUAGGUCGGUACGUACACAGAGAAAAGACACACGGACUAGUCGCUGCGACACUUCGCUUCGUUUGUCAUGAAUGUUUGUGGAAAUCUUUAUCCCUACCACAGAAUUUUGUCUCGGAAAUUCGUUUUUAUGACAAUAGCAAUUGUUUUCGGAACUAAUUCACAGGGAGGGAGUUGAGGUAGAACCUUGACCAAGUGAUUUUUCGCUUUGUGUGUACCAACCUUGAUACACCUGUCAAAGACAUAAGUAGUGACAAAAUAAGUAUUGUAGCAAUUAUUUAUGAUUGAGAAUUGAAGAAAUGAAACAGAAAUUACCCAACUUACCUGAAGCUAUGAUUGUUUAUAUGUGUUUUAGAAUUGACUCUUAAAAAGAGUCUUAUUCUCUAGUGUUCUACAAUUUAAUUUUUUUUUCGCAUAAAGCGAUAAAAAUAAUAUAAUGCUUUAAUCAGCGUAAGAGCUUAUCAAACCAGAAACUUGCCAUUUUACGCUUUUUCUGAUCUGUCAUUUGAUUUGAAUACUAAGUUAUGUACCUGCACUAAAAAUUCGGCGUUAGAUGUAAGAGAAGGUUGAAAAGAGGUAAGAAGGGGUCCUGCACACGUUUCCCGCACAUCAAAAAAUAGAAAUAAACAACUUUAAGGUUCGCGUAUCGCUGAACGCAAAAAUCACAGUUCACGGGGUUUUAUUCUCGUAUUUUCACAAGGCACGAAAAUUAGAAACGCUUCAUCCUGCAUCACGCAAAAACCCCUUUCAUCCCCUCAUCAAGAGAAUAGAAACAUUAUUUUAUCUUUCCCUUUUCUAAGGUCGCUCAGUGAGAGUCAGAACUGGCUAGCCGGACUCGUAGCUUUAGCUAGAAAGCGAAUUCUACUGUUGCUUAUAACUGUCCGGUCAAAGUAGCCCUUCCAAAUUUGCCUGUUGGUGCUUCUUUGAUAUUAUUCCUGUUGUAUCUGUCAGUGAUUAAACUUACUAUACUGGUUGGUAGAUUGCCACCAUUCGGAUUCGCAACUUUAUCAAAUAAAUUAAUCCUGUGUUUUCCCCUCUAAACAUGUAUGAUUAUUUGAGUCAUUCUCAUCUGCAAUGCUAUUUUAGGUAAUUAAGAUUUUUAAAAUCAAUUACCGAUUAUAAUUUGGUGCUUUUUUUAAAAAUAUUUGCAUCGUUUGUACCUCUAAAGAAAAGUGGCGGUUAUUUGGAAAAACCGCGAAAUAAAGUAGCGGCAUCCACCAAAUAUACCCAUCUAAAUGCAGUUCAAUUGUUCAUUGUUUUAAAUAUCGAUUUUUGACUGAACAUGAAACUUGUCCGUUUGAAUAAGUCGGGCUGCACUUGCUUGCUAUAGAUGUUAAAAUCCAGAUGUGGUUUCAGCAUUAGUGCUUAAAUAUAUUGAAUCAUUUGGCAGUAUAAAACGUUACUUUUAACUGAUUUUGUCACUAACGAAAGAGUGCUUUUGGUCGGCUGAACAGUUGCCUUCCCAAGGCUACUCGAAUGCAAAAGUUACCACCAACAAUUUGAGAGUUAAAAGACGAAAAUAAAAAUAAAAUGCAUU